AUGUAAGAAUAGCAUUUUAAGAAAAUUAAUCAAUAUUACUUUUAGAAAGUAAUAGGGAGUGUAUGUCAAUUGUAAAUAUUCUUAGGGAUCAUUUGGGAUUGUAUAUUUAGGAUGGGAUGAUAAUUUUAAAAGAUAAGUAGCAAUCAAGGAAAUUUGCAUUUCUAAAUUUGAUCUUAAUUAAGUAUAGGAUUAGAGAUAAUAUUAAAUGAUUGAAAAAGAAAUUGAAAUUAGCAAGAAAUUGAAAAAUAAAAAUAUAGUUGAGUUGUAUGAUAGUUUUAAAACUGAGAAAUACAUUUAUAUUAUUUUUGAGUAUUGCAGUAAUGGUGAUUUAGAGAUUUUAUUUAAAAAAAAUAGAUUCUAAGAGAUUGAAGUAAAGGCUAUAUUUUAAUAAAUAAUUGGAGGAAUUAAAUAUUUGUAUCAAUAGAAAGUUGUUCAUAGAGAUAUAAAACUUGCAAAUAUUUAUAUAAAUUAGGAGUGGAUUAUCAAGUUAGGAGAUUUUGGUUUUGCAAGAAAUUUUGAUAAUUAUAUGUAAUCAUAUUGUGGAACUCCAAUAACAAUGGCUCCAGAGAUUAUUUGUGGGAAAGGAGAAUAUGAUGAAAAAUGUGAUAUUUGGUCUUUGGGUAUGAUCUUGUAUAUGAUGGUUUUUGGUAGUAGUUAUUUAUAAUAAUUCAUUACACCAAAAACAUCUUUAAAAGAAUUUUCAGAAAUAGUUUAAAAAUAAGAAGUAAGAACUAUUUAAUUUUAGGUUGUAUUUCCUGCCAAAGCAAUUAUUUCAUAAGGAUUAAGAGAUUUAUUUACAAGAAUGCUUAAAGUAGAUGCAAAAAAGAGAAUUGGAUAUUAAGAAUUAUUUGAACAUUAUUGGAUUACAGAAGGGGAGAAUGAAAGUUUUAAGAAGAGUGUUCGUUGUAUAUCUAAGAGAAUGAAUUCUGGAGAAGCUAGUGAUAUUAAGAUUCCUUUAUAAUAAACAAUUAAUGAAUAACUAAGUUAUUAAUUUGGUCAGUAUGGAAUAGUAAGAAAUGAAAUAAUUGAAAAUAUUAGAGAUAUGUUAAACUUAUGUUAAAAUAUUGAUAAUGUUAAAAGACUUUGUGAAACUUUCUUAAAGAAAUUAAGAUCAUCAUAAAAUAAUUACUAAAUAACUAUAAUAAUGAAAAAUUAAAAUAGAAUAUUUAAGGAAGGGAAGGUUAAGAUUUUUGAUAUCAAAUUUAAAUUAACAUAUUUACUAUUAAAAAUAUUACAAGAAUUAAUAAUGACAGACAAUGUUACUAAUGAUAGAUUAGAAAAGGCACAAAAAUUAUUUGAUAUAGCAUAAAAAACUAAUAUUAGUAAUGUUAUAAAUAUUAAAAUUACAAAAGAGGAAAUAGAAAAGAUGAAUGAUUAAGAAUUAAAUUAAUAAUUUGAAUAAUUAGGAGAUGAGUUAAGAGAAAUUAUGAUAUAAUAAUAAGCAAGAUAAUAAUAAAGACCACAUAAGAAAGAAUAUGAAAUAGUAUUUGAGAAUAAGUAAUUAGAAGAAUAAACUUCUUUAAUGUUGGGAAGUGUAAUUGAGAAUUUUCGUCUCCUUAGAAAAAAUGAGAAUAUAUGA